UCAUUUUUGUACUCGAUAACACCAGAACAUCCAUCGUACGUGCGAAGCACCACCGAAAACAUUCAUCAGGAAAGCAUAAAAAUUCCAACUUCAAUGCUCAAAGCAAUAAAUACAAGAAAACAGUCGGAUGUGAAAGAGAACGAAAACGCAACUGCAAAAGCAUCAAACGCAGGCGCUUCACUCAGGCAAAAAGGAAAAGAGGGUGGAGCGCUAGCAUUUUCCGAUAGCAAGAAAUAUACUAUAAAGUCGAAUACCAAUGAAGCAGCACCUAUGUCCAAACACGUAUCAAAGUCAAGGCGGCGGUCAAGCAGAAGAGCCAGUAAAAAAAGGAACGCAAAACAUGGCAAAGUUAGAAGAGGCACAAAACGGCGCCAGAGUACAAAGGAAAGGAGCAGACCAAAGAGUCGAAAGAGUGAACGCAGCAAAAAGAAAACUUCAAAAAAACUGUCGUUGCCUGCAUCAAAAGCUUCAUCGAGCUCAGAUCACUUAAGUAUUAAAGGGACACUAGAGGAAGCAAAGACACAAAAUACCAGAGCGAAAUCAAAAGGUGGUGGAUCGCCAUUGCAGCACAGUGCAGAGAAAACGAGAAGCACG